CUGAAGUGAGCAAAUAUUGAAGUACAAGCAACCAGCCGGUGGAGGGAUCGAUGGUUUUUGAUAGAUUGUUCUUUUAGAGAAAGAGGAAGAGAGAGAGAUAGAGGUGGAGAUGAUGGAUGGUUUGCCGAGCUGUUUGAUCAGCGAAGAGAUAUUGUGGAAGAUGUUGGAUUUGGAGACACUGUGUACAGUGGCUUGUGUCAGCAAAUCCCUGCGCUUCUCCGUGGACACCGAGGUCCUUCCUUACCUGGCUUCUCUCGAUCUCUCCAUUGUAUCAAUAGAUGAACACGCUCUUUAUCACAUCCUGAGUCGGUUUAAGAGCCUUAAUACACUGACCCUUAAUUGCCAACGCCUCUAUGAUUCGUCGCUCCUCCCUUUUUUGGCUCCACAAAUCCAACAGCUCAAUCUUUUUAGCUGCUCUUUACUCUCUUCUUCAGUUCUUAAUUCUAUAGGAGCUAACUGCCCCUUUCUCAGGGUGCUUGCAGUUGAAUUCGCAGACCAGGGCUCGCCUCCUAUUUUGUUCAGAAAGAAUGUUGCCUACAUGCUUAACAAGUGCCAGUAUUUGGAGCGUCUCUCUCUAAAGAUCAAGGGGACAGAAGUUGAUGCGAGUGCCUUCCAGUCAAUGGAAUUCUCCCUGCCACGAAGUAUCAAAUUUCUCAAGUUGAAACCGAUGCUUGAAAAUAAUGCAAUCCAUCUCGCAAACAGACUCAGAGUUUCCAAAUCACCAUCGUCCUCUGGUUUUGUAUUGCAGUUCUUGUCACUUCUGUUAGAUGUGAUAUCGGACAGGCUACUUGUCGCCAUAUCCAACUCUCUUCCUCUUCUGGUAGAGUUGCAUCUUGAAGAUAGACCAGAUAAGGAACCAUUACCUGGCCUCGAUUUGACCAAUGGCGGGCUUCAUUUCUUAGGCUGUUGUCAUUUUCUGACUGACCUCUCCCUUAAACGUAGUAGGCAGAACUACCAAGGAUCAUUUAAAAGAAUAAAUGAUAUGGGGAUGUUUCUGCUUUCACAGAGGUGCCAGGCUUUGGAAUCAGUGAGACUCAGUGGAUUCUCUAAAGUUAGUGAUGCUGGCUUUGCAUCUUUGCUGCACACCUGCCAGAAGCUAAAGAAAUUUGAAGUUCGAAAUGCCUUUUUAUUGUCAGACUUGGCCUUUCAUGAUCUCAUCCAAGCCCCAUGUACCCUAGUUGAAGUGAGACUAUUGUCCUGCGGGCUCAUAACAAGUGAAACUGUUAAGAAAUUGGCCUUUUCUAGGAGCUUGGAGGUGCUUGACCUUUGUGGCUGCAAGAGUGUAGCAGAUUCAUGCCUCAGCUCCAUUUCAUGUCUUCAAAGAUUAACGACUUUGAAUCUCACAGGAGCUGACAUUACUGAUAGUGGUUUAUCAGUUAUUGGUCAGGGGAACACACCCAUUUCGUAUCUGUGUCUUAGAGGCUGUAAGAGGAUAACUGACAAAGGAAUCUCUUUUUUGCUGUGUGGUGGUGGGGCAAUUGCGCUAACAUUGUCAGCACUGGAUUUAGGUUACAUGCCAGGAAUAUCAGAUAAUGGCAUUCUUACUAUUGCUACCUUUGGUAGAGAGAUAACUGAAUUGUGCAUUAGGAGUUGCUUUUAUGUGACUGAUUUGGCUAUGCGAGCACUGGCUGCAAAGAGAAGGUCACAAGACAGAAGUAAACAACUUUGCCGAGUUGAUAUUUUCAACUGUGUGGGGCUAUCUGCUGAUGCACUGAAACUUCUAAGGAAGCCUUUAUUUCGUGGACUGCAUUGGAUUGGUAUUGGGAAAACUCAUUUAUCAAGUAACGAAGGCACCAUGAUUACUGAAAUUCAGAAGGAACGCCCCUGGCUGACUUUGUGUUUGGAUGGAUGUGAAAUGCAAUGUCAUGAUGGAUGGCAGUUCCAUUCUCCCUAAAACAGAAUUACUUUGAUUUGUUUGAACUUCCUUUACGUAUUGAUGUACUUAAGACAAGCUUUGCAAUGAGAGUUGGGAGCUUGAUUUUGCAAAAUGGAGCUUAAAAGGUAAACGCCUUUCAUGUUAUGAUUUUAAAGUUGAAUUGUACAUGCAUUUAAUUUUUCACUUUUGAAGUUCUUAAAGCAUAGAUCUCUUAACACGGUCAAGUUAAAGAAAAAAUUGAAUUUUAGGAAAUUUCUAUUUGAGCCCACUCCCCAACAGGUACCAGGUGGGCUUUUGAAAGCACUAACUACAAUAACAAAUUUCAAGGUUCUAGAUUUUCUGUUACAGAGCCAGAUGCUUGUGGCAUGGUGUGGUGGUUGACGAGGAGGCAAUGAAAAACAUGGAGAGCUUAGUCCAACAAGAGGAAGACCGAAAAACAUGGAGAGCUUAGCAACAAGAGGAAGACCUGGCCAUGUCCAUUUCAUGGAACGAAAAAUGAUUCUAGUAACAAGUGACUUGGCCAUGGCCCCGUCCUUGAAGGGGAAAUUUCUUGUCCUCGCCCACUCCCGCGACAUCAUUAAAGAAGACAGAAGACUGCACUAUCAUCGACUGCAAUUGGUCUUUAGGCCAUAUUUAGUUGCUGUCUGGAAAUAGAAAAUACAGAUGAUAAAAGACAAAUACAUUUUAGUUAAAGAAAUAAAGAUAUAAAAUAACUAUCAAA